GCACCCAGGCAGGCACCUGCCUCCCGCGCAUGCGCGCCGGGCGGUGACGCAGGACCUGGACUUGCGCGUUCAGCAAAGAGCAGAAGAAGCCGGCGACCUUGCACUCCCAGCCUGAUUCUUGCCUAGCGGACCGAACAUUCGCAGCUGAAGAGAUGGCAUUUGUCAAGAGUGGAUGGUUGCUCCGACAGAGUACGAUUUUGAAGCGCUGGAAGAAGAAUUGGUUUGACCUGUGGUCUGAUGGUCACCUGAUCUACUAUGAUGAUCAGACUCGGCAGAGUAUAGAGGAUAAGGUCCACAUGCCAGUGGACUGCAUCAAUAUCCGCAUGGGGCAUGAGUGUCGGGAUAUCCAGCCUCCAGAUGGGAAACCCAGAGACUGUCUGCUGCAGAUCGUCUGCCGAGACGGGAAAACCAUCAGUCUCUGUGCAGAGAGCACAGACGAUUGCCUGGCAUGGAAGUUUACACUGCAGGAUUCCAGAACAAACACAGCUUAUGUUGGCUCAGCAAUACUGUCUGAAGAGACUGCCGUGGCCGCCUCGCCGCCCCCCUAUGCUGCCUAUGCUGCACCGACCCCUGAGGUCUAUGGCUAUGGUCCAUACAGUGGCGCAUACCCAGCAGGAACUCAAGUUGUCUAUGCUGCCAAUGGGCAGGCAUAUGCUGUGCCAUACCAGUACCCAUAUGCAGGAGUUUAUGGACAACAGCCUGCCAAUCAAGUCAUCAUCCGUGAGCGGUACCGAGACAAUGACAGUGACCUGGCCCUGGGCAUGCUUGCUGGGGCAGCCACAGGCAUGGCCCUGGGGUCUCUGUUCUGGGUCUUCUAGAGCCUUCAAGGUGUUCUGUGCAUCGCUUCUGUUAGUCCUGUGUGCAAUAAUUGAUUUGCAGGGCAUUUCUGUUUGUGACAAGUGUCUUUCAUAAUAAUUUAAAUAGUUCUUUUGAAGAUAGUAAUCUGAUGAUUGUGACCGACCUGCAUGGUACCACAGAGAAGGCCUGGAAGUAUGCUGUGAGUGAGAACCGGAGUUCCUCAGGGUACUGCCUUGCACCAAGUCUUUCUUAGAGAGCUCUUGGAUGACCUUGUGUAAACACACCCGUUUAAAAGGCCAUUUUCUGUUUAGUUAGGUAUAGUACUUAAUUAAGGGACGACUCUCCCUGCUAUGCCAAUACUAAUCUGAUGGAGGAGGAUAUGAAUGAGUGUGGUAAGAAGAAUUCAACUUCUUUGACAUUAACUGUGAAAUCUCACUCUAGACCUAGAGCUGUGGGCUGGUGUGAGAACCCUGUGAUCCACCCUCGGUAGCUCCCGGGUACCUACCUACAAGAUUGCCUGCUCAGGAUAAAAGUGGACACGCCUUCCCUUUAGACAUUAUGCUUCAGGAAUCUGUCCAGUUUUAUUCUCUUGCUAUUCUUCUGUUUGCUUUUUUUUCCCUGGGAAUAAUUGGAAAUAGUCUCAAGGUAGGAAUUGAAUUGAGCCUCAGAAUUUGAGGCUUUACCUUUAAACCCUGCUGAAUGAAGAAUAGUGAGUGGCAAGUGGGUGGCGGCAGACUGGCGUCUGCCCAGUGAUGUGCUUCUAUAUUUGCUGUAGGCGUGUUGAUUGCCAGCUCAGUCUGUCUAUAGCCUAUUUUUCUACUUGUAAAGGAAGUAUGGUGAGGGGAAUGGGGGAGAGCCUUAGUAGAAUGUCCCUGACUCAGGCCUUCUGGUGCCUAAGCUGUACAAGGGCACUCUUUAACUCCUGGAGAGGUUGUCCUCAGCCAUGCUAGGGCCCUGUGACUGUCCAGAGUGUGGGGAUGAACCAGAGCUGGGCGGAGAUGACUCAGGUUCUGAGUGAGAAGUGAGAUAGGGUAGAGUCUUGGGGGUUUGUUCUAGCGGAGAUCUAGCCUCGUUUUCAGUCCUGACCCGCUUGUGAUGGAAAAGCUUAAAACAUUUCUAGUCCCCAAAUGUGUGAUGCUCUGGGAAGAAGCCCACAAUCCUGUUUUCUGAGAAAAAAAAAUGUAUUUCUAACAUUAGAAAGCACAUGUUCCAUGUAUUUAAACCUUCUGUUCAUUUACGUUGUAAAGCUCCCAUUUCCAGCUUUGUGGCUGGCAUGUUUGAAGCAGUGCUCUUUCACAAAGGCAGGACAGCACAGUGAUGGCCCUGCCCUCUACUCUUUUAGUCCUGUUUCUCCAGAGUGCUCGAAGUAAGCACACUGUGACUGUGCUCAGCCCACCUCAUGCAUGUUGCCUUGCUACACUGCUUGGCAGCUUUUCCUUCAUCAGUUCAAGUCUUGAACAUAUCUCCAUAUGAGACAGUUGCCAAGCAGAUGUGAUGGUGCCCACGGCGUUUUCCUGGCUACUCCUAGGGGACUUGUUGACACAGCAAUGCCCAUUUCUGGCUGAAAUGUGCUUUGUCAUCUCUGGUAGAUGGAUGUGUGACAGCAUGGUUCUGAUGGUUUGUAGUGUCACCCUCGUAAAUGUAAUGUUGAUUUUACAUCCUGUGUUGUAAGAAUGGCUUUUUCCUCACAAUGUUACCAUUCUUAAAGCUCCAUGCUUUACUUACAAAACAUUAAAGUCCAUUUUCAGUGAUGCACAGGGAUACUAAUUUCGAAGUUACUAGGAUUCCUGGAACCAGGAGGUAUUAAGUCAUGCCCCUGAAGUGCUACUGAAACAGAAUUAUCUCCUACUGUCCCAUGGGUAUGCCCUGCCCAGACCUUGGCCCCAGUGGGACUAACUUUAACAGGCAGCCAUAGUUGAGCCUGGUCAUUUCUUGCCACCAGUUGCCUGAUUCUGGAAUGAAAUAUAUUCUGGGUAUGAAGAUGGACUCAGGCAUUUCUUUUCCUCAGCCCCUGUUCUCAUAGAUGCUGCCCCUUUGGUUGCUUCAGCCAUGUCAUUUUGCACCUCAGUCAGUCAUGAGAUUCAUGAGUUGGAGGGAACUGCGUGUUCAGGGUUGAGCAGCAUUUCCCUUCCAUGGAUACUUCUAAAUAAUGACUCAAGGCUGGAAGACGUUGGCUGCUAACACGGUGCAGCUGAUUUUAUUGCUCUUUGGUUCUUUCAACUUUCCAUAUGAAAGAGGGAAGCCUGAGGUUCAUAUCUCAGAUCAUCACUUGUCAGGAAGGCCCAACAUUGGGUAUUUUAGGUCAUCAGUUCCCACAGUAGCCUUGUGAAGGGUAGGAAGUUCCCGUGGUUGAGACAGGGUGAUCCAGACUUAUUUUCUACAUGUCUUGUUGCUCCUAUGUAACCUUUCAUUUUGCCUUCUAGUUUAUGUAGAUGAAAGACAGAGGACACAGGCAAUCUUCUUUGUGGUUGCUUUUGUGCUUCUGUUAUUCUGUUGUGUCUACAGAGCCUAUUUUCUCCCUGUGUGUGCAUAUGGUAUGUAAGUUUAUAAGUGAACUUAUUAAAAUAUUAAAUGAUCAUUAACCUUAAA